CGCGAACACCUUCAGCAUAUUUUCCGAGGCGCGCUUUAAUGUGGAGCCACAGCCUUAUGGCGAGGCGUGGGGACCCGGGGAGCAGCUCCGCGUCAAAGCGGAGCUUUCUAUCGGUCUUUGCGGCUUGGACGUGGGAAGCAAUCUGAACUUUUUCGACUUUUCGAGGGCUGCACCGACCAGGGACAAGGCUGAACUCGAACCCCUCAUCAUUGGAUUGACACAUUUCCGAACUGGACUGAAAAAUGCCAAUCAUGGAGAAGGAGACUGAAAGAGACCGAGGCAGCCAAGAGCUGCCGAAGGUCCCCGUGCCCCCGCUGAAACAAACCCUCGACACUUACUUGAAGUGCGUCCGGCACCUGGUGAAGGAGGAGCAGUUUAAGAAAACGAAGGCCGCUGUGGAGAAGUUCGGGGCUCCGGGUGGCGUCGGGGAGGUUCUCCAGAAGAAGCUGUUGGAGCGGAGGGAUAAGACGACCAACUGGAUCUAUGACUACUGGCUGGAGGACAUGUACCUCAACAACAGGCUGGCCCUGCCGGUCAACUCCAAUCCUGUCAUGGUGUUCCCGAAACAGAUGUUCAAAGAUCAGAAAGAGCCCCUCAGGUUCGCUGCUCGUCUCAUCAGAGGAGUGCUGGAGUACAAAGCUCUCAUUGACGCGCGAGCGCUGCCGGUUGAUUUUGCCCGGGGCCAGCUAGCCGGGACCCCUCUGUGCAUGGAGCAGUACUAUCGCCUCUUCACCUCCUACCGCUACCCGGGGUUAAAGACGGACGAGCUGAGGGUCCGCGCGAGCGCAGCCCCCUCGGCGCCGGAGCACAUGAUCGUGGCGUGCAAGAACCAGUUCUUCGUGCUGGACGUCGUUGCAAACAACAAGCAGCUCAACGAGAUGGAGAUCUUCACCCAGCUUGAGAAGAUCGUGAAAAUGUCAGAGAGUGCCGAGGAGAGGCUGCCCCCGGUUGGCAUCCUGACAUCAGACGGGAGGACGGAAUGGGCACAAGCUAGGGAUGCGCUCAUGAAAGAUCGAGUCAACAGGGACUCCUUGGCCAUGAUCGAGACCUGCGCGUGUGUGGUGUGUCUGGACGAGCCCGGCGGCCUCCAGCCCAGUGACACCAACCGGGCCCUGCUGAUGCUGCACGGAGGCGGCCGCGAAAGGAACGGUGCAAACCGCUGGUAUGACAAGUCAAUGCAGUUUGUGGUAGGAAUGGACGGCGUGUGCGGAGUGGUGUGCGAGCAUUCGGCGUUUGAGGGGAUCGUUCUGGUCCAGUGCUCUGAGUACCUGAUGAAAUACAUUGCAGGAUCCACGAUGGCGAAGUCGACCACCUUCAGAGAGAUUCCUCCUCCGAGAAGGCUGCUCUGGAAAUGCAACCCACACAUCCAGGGACUCCUAACAGCGUCUGGAGACAGACUUCAGAGGCUGGUGGAUAAUCUCGACAUGGACGUAUUCAAAUUCAGUGCUUAUGGGAAAGAAUUUAUUAAAAAACACAGGAUGAGUCCAGAUGCCUACAUCCAAGUUGCCCUACAACUUGCAUUUUACAAAUGCACUGGAAGGCUCGUGUCCACGUACGAAAGCGCGUCCAUUCGGCGCUUUCGACAAGGCCGGGUGGACAACAUCCGCUCGGCCACGGCCGAGGCCCUGGCCUUCGUGGAGUCCGUGGCAGACGAGAGAGCAACUUUCACCGAUUCACAGAGGAUGAGUCGUCUGAGGGAGGCGGUUAAAGCCCAAACAGAUUAUACAAUCGCAGCAAUCACAGGAAUGGCAAUAGACAAUCACCUCCUUGGGCUGCUGAGGAUCGCACAGGAGCUCAAGAUGGAGAAGCCAGAGAUCUUCUGCGACGAGACGUAUCUGGCCAGUAACCAGUUCAUCCUCUCAACCAGUCAGGUUCCUACCACGGUCGAAAUGUUCUGCUGCUACGGGCCGGUGGUGCCCAACGGCUACGGCGCCUGCUACAACCCACAGUCCGACCACAUCGUCUUCUGCGUGUCCAGUUUCUGGGAGAACACCGAGACGAGCUCGGCCGUCUUCGUCAAAGCCCUCAACGAGGGCCUGCUGGAAAUCAGGGACCUGUGCAAUAGAUGCUGCGCCGCGGCCGCCAAACCGGCUAAUGGCAGCCAGGGAGCCGGCCAGCCUCAUAAAUCAGGGAAGUAAGCCAUAGUGAGAGGCAGGGAGAGCACGCCCACUCAGCUGCUCCACUCCAAACACUCUUAGGUUUUUAGUAGUUGAGACGCCUUCACGUGUCUUGUUUUGUCGUUUGUGCAAUAGCGUUCCUUUCAAAACAAAACGCCUUAAAACUGAAGUAUGUAAAUAGAAAAUGUGAAUGAAAGAAGUUUUCUUUUGGGUCCUUGUGGGGAAAAGGAUGGCUUGAAAGAUGACUUGGCAGACUGACGUCAAUCAGUCUGCUGCCUUUAGGAAACUGAAGCCAUGUCCGCUUUGUAGCGCUGAUGCGAGGCUCGACUCCUCCAUCAGCAGAGAGGGAAUCCGAACUGUAUGAACCGGAUGUAUAUCUCACACGCAUAGAGUAGUAACAAAUUUCAAAUAAUAAUAAAAUACCUGCAGUAUAUUUAGGUGACUUAGCUCUGACGUCCUGUAAAUGUGAUCCCGCCGAACCUCGUUUUGUGAGCACCAUUAACUCCCACCUAAAAAAAAAAAAAGUUAAAAAAAUCCAUUUAAAUGUGUUAUUUUUUACCAAAUAAGUCUAUUUAUUCUACGUGCGACGCCACGCGUCUGCCAAAGAGGUCGCGUGAAGUCUGUCCGAUCAGGCACUUUAAGAUAUUUCUGUAACGAUACGAAUGAAUAACUGUUGUAGAGAACCGCGCGGGAGGAAAAAAAAUAAAUAAAAAAUGUGACGUGGUUUCAGUGGCACAUCUGAAGUCGUCUCGCCGUACUGUAUGUGUUCUAUACCAGAGCAAUAGUUAAUAUAUACAUGUGUAUGUGCACUCCUUAGAGGUAGAAUGAGGGUAGAAAUGUAUUGUUUUAGACUCCGUGCAAUAACACAGUAGGAAGUACAGUGAGGGUAUAUGUGCAAUUUUACCAAAUCAGCUCUCUAGAUCGCAUGGUGAUAGAUGCUUACGUGAUACAGAUGUCACUACAGUUGCUAUUUUUGAUAUAUUGUGUGCUGUGUCACUCAGAUUCCCACUGCCCGCGCUGUGUGAUGUGAGUCUUGUUGCAGCAAAUCGAAUCCGCCGAACCUUGGCGGAAUUGAGAACUGCGAGGACAUUUGUCAUCCCGUGUCCAGAUGUUGUGUUAUCUGUGUAUCAUCGUCAUCAUCGUCAUCAUCAUCAUCAUCAGCCAAAGUGAAUGUGAACCGUGAAGGUAAAUCCAAAAAAAAAAGACGCAUGUUUGUUCUAACAUCAUAGCUGUAUUUUUAUAAGCCUAGUGUAGGUGAAUAUGUCGUAUGGUUAAAGGAAAAUGUUAUUAAAAGGGAGUACAAAAUGCCUUAAGAUAAUUUAAUGCAAAACAGUUUUUCCUCAACUCCUGCCAGAUGUUCAGUGUUCAAUGUUUUACCUCAGAUUAUAUUUGAUGUGUUUCUAGCUGCUGAUAUAUCUAAAAGAAUGUGAUGUUUGUCACGUGUUAAUCGGUCCAUUUGUUGUUUCAAUCAUACAGUAUCUAUUGUACCACAACAGAGUAUGUGGCCUCAUGAAGUCAUGUUACACUCGUCCUCGGUAACAUUGUCGUCGAAUGGUAAUUGAUGUGCAACUCGACUCGUGGGAUUAUAGUGUUUUACCAAAUCAUGUGAAGUGUAAAGUUCUAUAUUCAUCAUUCUGAAAACAAACAAAAUGAAUAACUAAUUUAUUUAUUUUUUGGGCAAUAGCAAUAUUUAUUUUUGAAGAUGUCGCCGAAUUACGCUGUAAUAAAACUGUCAUGUUGCAAAAAUGAAUAUGCAUAAAUAAAAAGAAAAGUGUUACGUCUUA